AUGACAGAGCGGGACAGAAGCCUCCACGAGAUCGAGGUCGAGGGAGCAGCAAUUGCAAAGAUCAAGAAGGAGCUCACCCGCGACAUACCCUACCUUGUCGUCGUCGACAACCUCGAGAGCGAGAGGGACUGGUGGGAUGGCUGCGCCAUUAAGGAGCUCCUGCCCCUCGGCGGCUCCCCAGCCUGCACGGGGUUUAGAGACGAGGACAUGGCUGUCCUUAGGGACAUCCAAGAGAAGGUCUGCGGCGUGGCUCUAGGCCUCGUCCUCGUCGGCUCAAUACUGUCCGAGAUCGCCGUCAGUCCGGCCGAGCUACGAGAAACGAUGAGCGACGCGCCGCACCGGGCGCCGACGUGGUCACCCAAGGACGACGCCACGGCGCUCGACUUGUCGGUCGAGCUGCCGCCGCCGGAACUCGCGCGGUUCAUCACGCGCUCCGCGCUACCGCUCGCCGCACGCUCCGUGAUCGGGUACUCUUUGUAUGGCUAUGGCGCCGCGCUCGAGCUGCUCCGGGAGGCUACCGACGUCGUUGUCGAGGCCGAGGAUUCGUGCAUCGGCGUGCCUCGCCGGAUUAAUGACACCAAGUAA